AUGUCUGCCUCCCCUCCGCGUGUCCUCAUCAUCGGCGCCGGAUCUCGAGGCCAGACGUACGCUAGGUGCACGACCACAGGGAGCAACGGGAUCGUCAUGGCCGUUGCCGAGCCGGACGAGUUCAAGCGGGCACAGCUCGGCCGCAAGUACAUUUGGAGCAAUAAUGCUCCUACAGAGGGCUCACAAUUUGCCUCCUGGAGAGACUUCAUUGUCUAUGAGAAGGCUCGCCGCGAUCGCGUGCGAAACGGUGAAGCUAAUGUACCCUUGGGUGUUGACGCCGCCUUUGUGUGCGUACAAGACGAGAUGCACCGCGAGGUAGUCGUAGCCCUCGCUGAGCUAGGAGGUCUGCACAUUAUGUGCGAGAAGCCACUGGCUACACGACUCGAGGACUGUGUCGAUAUGUAUCGAGCACUGAGGGCGAACAAGAACGAGAAGGGCGAGGAGAUGGUGUUUUCGAUUGGGCAUGUUCUGAGGUAUAGCCCGCAUAACAUGCAAUUACGAAAGCUAGUGCUCGAGGAACGCGUCAUUGGCGAUGUCCUAUCCGUUGUCCACACGGAGCCUGUUGGCUGGUGGCACUUCACGCACAGCUACGUCCGCGGGAACUGGAGACGGGAGGAUACCAGCGCACCAAGCUUGCUGACGAAGAGCUGUCAUGAUAUCGAUGUGUUGGUAUGGCUGCUAUGCUCUCCGACACAAUACAAACCUGGCACUACGCCACAGCCGCACCUGCCUUCGACUGUGCGAAGCGCCGGGUCUUUGCAGUAUUUCAAGAAGAGUCGCAAGCCCGUUGGCGCAGGGAAGGCAACAAAUUGCCUGUCAUGUCCGGUCGAGGAGUCCUGCAAAUAUUCGGCUAAGCGUAUAUACCUCGGCGAUAAACUCAAGGGCUUGGGAGCGGGCAACACAAAUUGGCCCGUGAACAUCGUCAUGCCUGAGAUUGAAGAUAUUGGCGCUACCGAGAAGGGAAACAAAGCACUUCUGGCGAAACUGGCUGAAAACUACGACGAGAAUACCCCUGAUUCCGAGGUCUCCAAGCGGAACUGGUUUGGCCGCUGCGUGUUCGAGAGCGACAACAACGUCUGUGAUGAGGAGGUCGUGACCAUCACGUGGGACGACGACCCGCUGCCGUCGUCGGGGGCCUCCGCGCAGGGCAUCGCCGAUCGCAUGGGCGGCCGCGGCUCCAAGCAAGCGACCUUCCACAUGGUGGCGCAGACGAAGAAGCAGUGCGACCGGUACACGCACAUCUACGGCGUCGACGGCGAGAUCUACGCCGACUCGCAGACCAUCACAGUGGAGGACUUCCGCACGGGCACGACGGCCACGCACAAGCCACGCAUCGAGGAUCUGGGCCAUGGCGGUGGCGAUCUGGGCUUGGCGCGGCAGUUCAUCAUGGCGGUGGACAAGGUGAAGAAUCACGGCUGGAGCACGGAGAGGGCCCAGAUGGAGAUGAUUGGGUGUACCUUGGAGGAGGUCAUCCGAAGUCAUGCUAUGGUGUUCUGCGCGGAGGAGGCGAGGCUGGGGAAGAAGGUCAUUGACUGGCCAGACUGGUGGACGAAGGAAGUGGAAGAGAAGCUUGGAAAGGUAUAA